AAUAAAAAUUUGAUACAGUAAAAUUUGCAUUCAAAGCUUGCAAAGCAGUGCAGUGCAGUGCAGUGUAAACGAUUCCGGAACGGUGAAGAGUUUUUAGAUUUCCGUGCCGUACCACGGAGGUAAAGCCCAAAAAAGUUUCUGUUUCUGUUUCUAUUUCUGUUUGCGUUUGUGCUUGAACUUGGAAAGCGCAGAGCCGACCGCGUUGACAAGUCUACCUUUGGGAUUUCAUAUAUCUUAUCUUAUCGGUCCGGCCCGGCCCGACCCGUUCGUACCCCGCGUGACGGUGCGUGCAUUCAACGCAACAAUUUGUUGCUGAUUGUCGAAAAAAGUGGACAUUGUGUGACAACAAUUUUUAAUUGCUGAAGAGAAAAAAAUUCAAAAACAUAAACAAAAUAUUUGAAAAAUAAUCGAAAAUCAUUAAAAAUCGUUAAAAAUUCCUCUGCCUCAAUUCUAUCAAAAAGUAUUUCAACUUAUCAAAAACGUAGCGGAAGUUCAUUUUAAAUUUCAGCAGCUAAAUGAGGAGCAAUAAAUUUGAACGCCAACAAGCGGCAAACAACAGCUCAACAAGCAACAAAUAUCACAGAUAUCAGCAAUCAACAGCACCGCCAUCCACUCGCAACUGCAGCAGCCAGCAACAAACGGCAGCCCCGAAUAUCUACUAGCAACAUUUUCUUUCCAAUCCAAACUUUAAAAGCAACCAUCGCCAGCAAAAUGCGACGAAAUGUUAAAUUAGUUGUUUUUGUGAGUGUGAUUUGGAUGUUCGUCAUGAUUUACUUCUUCCAAUCGAACACUGAAAAGGUGGAAAAUCGUGCACUACGUCUGAGAGAGGUGGCCACAGCCAUGCAACAGUAUCAAGACGAAGUAUUGCCAUCGACAACCUCUGUGCGGCAUGCGUCACAUCAAGCAUAUGGUGCAGCAGCAGCGUCAUCACAGAAAACGCAGCGUUUACAUACGAAUCAGCACGUCUCCAGUGUCGUUGGUGGUGAAGAGGAGCCCGGCGGCAGCAAUGUUAUUGUAUAUGGCAAUAUGCCAGACAGCAACCGUCCAAGAGCAGAAGGCUUAGGAGUUAACGGUUACCCCGAAGUUGAGGAAACUUCACAUGGUAUCAGUGCUUUGGCUGGCAAUGACGCAGGACAUAACGCCUUAGCGCCACCCAGUGCACACCACGCUGGCGAUUGGGAAUAUUUUGAUGAAGUAGGUUAUAUUCGCGGUGGUGCACUUCGUACCGGAGAGGAUCCAUAUAUAAGAAACCGUUUCAACCAGGAGGCUAGUGAUGCAUUGCCAAGCAAUCGUGAAAUACCCGAUACCAGAAAUCCAAUGUGUCGUAGUACACAUUUCCGUAAGGACCUACCAGAAACUAGCGUUAUUAUUACUUUCCACAAUGAGGCUAGAUCCACACUUCUACGCACCAUAGUCAGCGUGCUAAACCGUAGUCCAGAGCAUUUAAUACGUGAAAUUAUACUAGUCGACGAUUUCAGUGACCAUCCUGAGGAUGGUCUCGAACUAGCCAAAAUCGAUAAAGUGCGUGUCAUUCGCAAUGAUAAACGUGAGGGACUUGUACGUUCGCGUGUACGUGGUGCUGAUGCUGCUCAAGCCGGCGUUCUCACCUUCCUCGAUAGUCAUGUCGAGUGUAAUGAACAAUGGCUAGAACCGUUAUUAGAACGUGUACGUGAGGAUCCAACGCGAGUCGUUUGUCCCGUCAUCGAUGUCAUCAGCAUGGAUAAUUUUCAGUACAUUGGCGCUUCGGCCGACUUGCGUGGCGGUUUCGAUUGGAAUCUGAUUUUCAAAUGGGAAUACUUAAGUCCGAAUGAGCGUGCAACACGACAAAAUGAUCCGACAACAGCUAUACGCACACCAAUGAUAGCUGGUGGCCUAUUUGUCAUUGACAAGGCAUACUUCAACAAGUUAGGCAAAUACGAUAUGAAAAUGGAUGUUUGGGGUGGUGAGAAUCUCGAAAUUUCAUUUCGUGUUUGGCAGUGCGGUGGUAGUCUGGAAAUUAUACCUUGCAGUCGUGUUGGCCACGUAUUUCGUAAACGUCAUCCCUACACGUUCCCGGGUGGCAGUGGCAAUGUUUUCGCACGCAACACCAGACGCGCGGCUGAGGUUUGGAUGGAUGAUUACAAGCAGUAUUAUUACUCGGCUGUGCCGCUUGCCAAAAACAUUCCAUUUGGGAACAUUGAUGACCGCUUAGCACUAAAGGAGAAAUUACACUGCAAACCAUUUAAAUGGUAUUUAGAGAAUGUUUAUCCAGAUUUACAGGUUCCUGAGUCUUACGAAUUUGGACAAUUUAGACAAGGCGAAAGCGAUUGCCUGGAUACAAUGGGAAAUUUGGUUGAUGGCACUGUCGGACUAUUUCAAUGUCACAACACCGGCGGUAAUCAGGAGUGGGCAUUCACCAAGCGUGGUCAAAUCAAACACGAUGACCUUUGUCUGACACUUGUACAAUUCGCACGCGGCUCACAGGUUGUCAUGAAACUUUGUGACGAUUCGGAGAAUCAGAAGUGGACACGGCUUGAGGGCGGCUUUGUACGUCAUCACAAGAUUAAUGUGUGUUUGGAUGCACAAAACUCCAGUAUUCAGGGUGUAACCGCACAACGCUGUAAUUCGGCACUUGAGACACAACGCUGGACGUUCGUCCAGACCAAAUAUGCGUGAGGCUAAGUCACAGCACAAACUAAUUUACUAAAGAAAAUAAACCAUCAACCGCAAUCGCCACAACAACAACAACAACAGCAAACACAACAACAAAAACAACAGCAUCAGCCCACAACCACAUCCAAAAACUUAAACUAACAAAUCAUACCAGGCAAUAUAACACACCAACACCAAGACCAACACCAAUACCAACACCAAUACCAACACCAACAACAACAACAAUAAUAAUUACAAUAACAAAAAACCAACACAAAUACAAAUACAAGAACACAAAAGACAUAACAUAUGUAACGAAAUGAACGGAAUGAACGAGAAUGACCGAUUUUGGACCGAUAAGGACGACGACGCAAUGUUGAUGAAGUUGACAGUGAUGGAACGCAUAAUGCUGAUAUAAGUUAUAUUUGAAACCAUGUUGUAAAUUAAAUGUCAUUUUAUUUAUUUAUAUUAAUUUUUAUUUUAUUUUUGUUAUAUUACUAAACAGAAGGUUUCUUAUAAUUCUGGAGUGAGAGUUAGACGGAAGUAGACUAUGAAGUAAUGGACUUGGUAGGGAAAAAUCGUUUAAAAAGAAAAUUUUAAUGCGCUACGGAAUAACAAAAAAUAUACAAUAAGUAUGCGAGCGAAUGGUUUGUGAUAGAGGGAGAAAUAGUGGAAGUGUUGUUGAACUCGUCAAGAAGGAAGGAGGAAGAAUAAGGCUAAAAAACCAAAAUUAUGAAUAGGAAUAAAAAUACAGAUGAAAAAAUCAAUGAAAUAGAAAUGUAGUGGAACUGAUGGUUUUAACUGAUGCUGACGUUAAGCUAACUUUAAGCUCACAAUGUCAUAUUAAUCUUAUAGGUUAACUAAUAAUAACUAGUAAAAUUAAAUUAUUGUGCUUUAUACUCCUAUCGAAAGUGGUGUUAUUAGUAAAACGUAUUGUAAUUUCAUAAGAUUUUUUUGGUGUCAAUAGGGAAAACUGAAGCAAGAAAUAUCGUUUUAUAAUAGCCUCAAUUUCUGUCCGCAGCAGAAUAGCGGACUAUCAAAAGGAAUUGCACUACAAGGCUGUGGUCUCGAAGGUCGUGGUGUACCAUUGUCUCUUCUAACAACAAGUAACUAAAGAAAGUAAUUAAGGAAAAAGAAAUUCUUAAUUAUCAAACAUAAAUUAAUUAUUAAACCAAAGUAUCAGGAUGAGAGCAUAAAAUAAUAAACUAGUAGAAGUAAACAAUUGAACAAAAAGCCACAAUAGUCAUUGACUACAACAUAAAAUGAAUGAUCUUUGGUACAAUUUUUAUUUGAAAUUGAAAUUUCAAAUGCAACGAGUAAAAUCCGUUAGCAAAGCUUUCCAACAAAUAAUCGCAGUGUAACAUUUGGCCGAGUUUAGAAACUAGUAAAAAGUAACUAACUAAUGUAACUAAAGUCAAUGAACAACAGCGUGUUGCAUUUGUCAAUAGUCCAACAUAAAAAACGUUUAACUAGUAAAAGAGAAGAAUAUAACAUAAAACUAAUUUUAUAAAGUUUCGAAUUCAAUCGUUCAGUUAUUUGAAUACAACUUGUAAAAUUUAAAUAGUUACAAAAAAGAAACGAGUGUAAAAAUUGUUUAACAAAAUGAGAAUUCAGUUAGUUUAGAAAAAGUUACGUUCAAAUUUAAGCUCACGAAGUUGGAAAGUUCCAUUUUCGAGAUUUAUCGAGAUUAGAAAGUUCAGAAAGCAAAACGAAAAGUUAUUGAAGAAUUGAUAAAAUAGGCCAGUUUCUAGAACAUUGCUUUCUUGGAUUCUUUUGCAUUGGUUUUUUAGUAAACAAAUAAUUUCAUAUAUAUUAAAUCCACACAUUUUCAAAAAUCUCAAGGUUCUAUAGUGUUUGUAAUCUUAUAUCUAAAUAUUCAAAUUAUUGAUGUUAGAGAUCACAUCAACGAUUUUGCUCAAGGCACUUGAAGAUGAGUAAUUCUUCUCUUGUUUUUAUAAAAUACUAGUAGAUUUUGUUAAAA